GACGCUAAGCUUUCGUGACGUCAGAGUCGCGACUCCAGUGGCCGACAUCUUGGGUAACGAAAGCUACACGGCGAUUUCAGUAUGGGCUCCUCUAAGAAGCAUAAGGAGAAGGAUCGUGAUCGCGAUGUUGCUGCAGCAGCAAGCGGAGGAGAUGAGCGACACAGAGAGCACAAAAAACAUAAGCACAAAGAACGAGAGCGUGAGAGGCGCAAGAGGUCUCGAGAGAGGGGGAGAGAAAAACCACGUGAUAAAGAAGGACGGCCCAGGUCCAGCAAGGAUGGAGAGUCUCGGAGGAUAAAAAAAGAGAAGUUGGACCCUGUGUUUGAUAAUGCUGCUGGUGUCAAAUCUGCUUCUGGAGAUUCUUCACUGAGUAUUGAAGAGACCAACAAACUUCGUGCAAAACUUGGCUUAAAACCCCUGGAAAUGAACACUGUCAAAAAUGAAACUGGCAGUAAAGAAGACCCUGUAGCUGCUGCAGUUAUUAAUCCAUUAAUUCUCCGACAGCAGCAGGAGCUAAGAGAGAAGUUAGCAGCCGCAAAAGAGAAGAGGUUGCUGAACCAGAAGUUGGGCAAAAUUAAAUCACUAGGAGAUGAUGAGCUGUGGUUGGAUGAUACCGCUGCUUGGAUUGAGCGAAGCAGGAAACUUCAGCUAGAAAAGGAUAAGGCUGAAAAGAGGGCAAAACUUCUUGCAGAAAUGGAUGAAGAGUUUGGGGUGUCCAAUCUUGUAGAGGAAGAAUUUGGUCAAAAGAAGCAUUACACCUCCCAGGAUUUGCAAGGCCUGACUGUAGAGCAUAAAAUCGAGUCAUUCACUGAAGGAAAGACUGUAAUUCUCACACUUAAGGAUAAAGCUAUCUUAGAUGAAGAUGAAUCUGAUGUGUUGGUGAAUGUGAAUAUGGUGGACAAAGAGAGAGCAGAUAAAAAUGUGGAGCUGAAGAAGAAAAAGCCUGAUUACAAACCAUAUGCAGAGGAGGAGAAUGUAGAAGACAUGGCCAUUUUACGACACAAAUCCGUGCUGUCAAAGUAUGAUGAGGAGAUUGAGGGUGAGAAAAAGAAAUCUUUUCGCUUGGAGUCUGGUGGAUUGGCAGAUGGGUCUUGGGAAAAGGAACUGCAAAAUAUUCGUGAAUCCUUACAUAAACAGGCACAAACACUUGAGUUGCCAGGAAUGAAGAUCGCAUCUGAAUAUUUCUCACCAGAGGAAAUGGUUUCAUUUAAAAAAACAAAGCGCAAAGUGAAAAAGAUUAGAAAAAAAGAGAAGUCCGUUCGGGUUGAGGACCUCCUUGUGAUGGGGAGUAGUACACGAGAAAAUGAUUAUGGGUCCAGGGUUCGUGGACGUGGCCGAAGGCGUGUGGAGCAGUCAGAUGAGGAACCCGAGGUGGAGCUACCUGAAUUAGUGCCACGGUCUGAUGAUAUUAGAGUGGAAAGUAUGGAUAUAAGCGACCAAGAAGAUGGAGGCUCUCCUGUUGUUUUAGAAGAAGAUGAACUGGAGAUAGAGUUGCAGAAACAGCUAGACAAAAGCAGGAGAUUGAAACAGAUCCAGCAGCAGAAGGACAGCAGUGAGAAGAUUGUGACUUUGGUGAAGAAGUUGGACACUCCAACAGGUCAAGAAAUAGAUGAGGAUGAUGAUGACAAGAAAGGAUCCAUUGUGUUUAAUGCAACAUCUGAGUUCUGCAGAACACUUGGUGAAAUUCCGACAUAUGGCCUUGCAGGAAACCGGGAGGAUCAAGAGGAUUUGAUGGACUUUGAGAAGGAUGAGGAGGAGUCUGGAAAUGAGGGUGGAGAUUCUGAUGGAGAUGAAAACCUUGGCUGGAGCAUGGUGAACCUUGAUGAGGAAAAGAACCAACAAGAUUAUUCUGCAUCUUCCACUACCAUCUUGGAUGAAGAGCCAAUUGUGAACCGAGGUCUUGCUGCUGCUUUACAUUUGUGUCAAAAUAAAGGUCUGUUAGAAACAACUGUACAAAAGGUUGCCCGUAUAAAAACAUUUACCAAAUCACUUCCAUCUGCUGUCUACUGCAUAGAAGACAAAAUGGCUAUAGAUGAUAAGUAUAGUAGAAGAGAGGAGUAUAGGGGGUUCACACAAGACUUCAAGGAGAAAGAAGGUUACCGGCCAGAUGUCAAGAUAGAAUAUGUAGAUGAAACUGGAAGGAAACUCUGUCCCAAGGAGGCUUUUCGGCAAUUAUCUCAUCGAUUCCAUGGGAAAGGCUCUGGUAAAAUGAAGACUGAGAAACGCAUGAAGAAGCUUGAUGAGGAAGCGCUUCUGAAGAAGAUGAGCUCCAGUGACACACCUCUUGGUACUGUAGCAUUGCUACAGGAGAAGCAGAAAGCUCAGAAGACCCCAUAUAUUGUGCUCAGUGGAAGUGGAAAGAGUAUGACUGCGAAUACACUCAUUAAGUGAGGAGAGUAAAACUAUCAGAUUUUAAUAUUCUAUAUUCUGACUGAUGUACAUAUUCCUGGGAUAUCACCAGUACAUAAUCCAGUUUGGAAGCAAGGGGUUUUUAGACAUCUGAUCAGCGUCUUCAAGCCAUUUGGAUGCCUUGAUUCUGGUCUACAUAUGUAGGCCUCUUGGCUGCAAAUUAGAGAGCACCCACUGCAUUUGAAUAUUUUUUUUUUUGUUUUUUUUGUUU